UGAGCAAACGACAAUGUUCGCGCUGCGACGUUGCUACACUGUGAUACUGCUAGAAGUCACCACUACUCCGUCACGUCUAGGAAGCGAUAAAUGAUUCUAAUCUUUGCUGUGACGUCUCAAUUCACACCCUGAAGGAUACUAUGAACAGCUGACCACAGCACUGGCACUACCGGGCCAUGAUGCAUGGUGGAUUAGCUUCAGUAUGACUCGAAAAUUUCAUUCCAUCGUAUAUGAUAAAUCUCCCACUGUCAACGGGAAGUCAGCACCAUCCCGUUCACCACUGGCACUAUAAACCUCUUCACCAAUGCCUGCCGUCUCAUCCAACUACUCUUCUUUGAACUCAGGCAGUAAUGAUAACUAUUUCCUUCGCGACAAUAUCACUGCCGCCCAGAUGUUGCUUACAAGCACAAACAAUACUGACACUCAACCAAAACGUUUCAUCGUCGCUCUGCCUGCUGGGAACUCCGGUGCCCUAACAUAUUUCCUUCCAUUGAAUACAUCAGCGUCGUUAGCCGUGAACUUAGUGAACGAGACCUUCAAGAGCGCCAGGGAAGAGUUCAACAAUACGGGCGUUCAGGCUGAUCUUUCCUUCAAUAACAAUGCUACUCUUGGCGUCACUAUCAUCGGUUCUGUACGUGCUAUGCGCGACUACAUAGAAGGAAAUGGCACGAUGCAUCAGAUCUUCAAUUAUACCCUAGCCGCCUACAAUAAGACGUCUGUCCAUCUACAUCGUCGUUGGAUCAACGCUGCCACAACAGAUCCUACAAAGUACAGAGGCGCAGAUUUGUAUCUAUUCGUGCCGCCUGACAGCAAUGCACAGUUCAAUAUCACCCCUGGUAACAAUGGCACCUUCAUGACGCCCACUAUUGACAUUUUACUCCCUUCUGGAAGUACCAAUGGUACCAUCAGCGUAAAGGUCGUCACCAAUGAAACUUCCUUAGUAGGCCUGAAUUCACAUAGCCUAUUCCUUCCUGAGACUCAGGAUGAGGGUUCCGGUUUGCCUACUGCACUACAAAAGUUGUCCGAUGGCAAAGUUACGUCCGCGAACCAGGUUUCGUUCCUCACGUACACAGACAGAUUCCUUGCUGGCGGGUGGCGCUUCUUGACGUAUUUCGGGCGAGACACACUCAUCGCUCUUCGUCUUCUCAUGCCCGUCUUGACUUCGGACGCGAUUGAGGCGGUUUUAGGCGCGGUGAUCGAGCGAACGAAUUCAACCGGUGCACUUUGUCACGAAGAGACCAUUGGAGACUAUGCUUCAUUCAUUAACCUUCAAAACAAUCGAAGUGAUCUUGGAAACGAGCCGUUUUACGACUACAAAAUGAUCGACACGGAUCUUCUAUUGCUUCCAGCUCUCAGCCAUUACCUCCUUGACUUGCCACAAGGGAAGGAUCGUGCAGUGUCCUUCUUAUCCCAGAACGCGACCCUGCAGAACGGAACGUACGCAGAAAUCCUGAACAGGACCAUUACCUACAAUCUUGGUCGUGCACUUCCAUUCUUCCAGAACUCCACCAUAUCCAACCUCAUCGGUCUUCGCCCAGGUCAGUCUGUAGGCAACUGGCGCGACAGCACUGCGGGGCUCGGAUAUGGCUUUUAUCCCUUCGACGUGAACACCGCUCUGGUUCCAGCUUCUUUGAGAGCCACUCAGGUUCUUCUCAAUGCCGAUAUCAUCUCUGACAUUGGGAUGGAUGCUUCCGAAGUGGGGCAAAUUGCCGAUGCUUGGGAACAACGCGCAUUAGCUCUGUUCGAGAUCAAGGUGGACCUUAAUACCAGUCAAAGUCGCCUAGAAGAUUUUGUUCAAGCCGCCAAUUUAAGCACAGAGUUGUUGUCGCAGUCUGCGAAUGUUUCAACGAUGGGAAGCGACUUCUCGUACUACGCUCUGUCGCUGAUGCAGGAUGGGGCUCAUGUGGAAGUGCUGAAUUCGGAUAUCGGUUUCAAUCUCAUGUACGGCUCGAAUAUUUCACAGACUUUGUUGCAGCAUGUCAUCAAUGCGUUGCAACCAUAUCCUCGAGGAUUACUGACCAACAUCGGUAUGGUUGUCGCGAACCCUGCAUACGACUCCAACCGGACCAUGAUACAAGUCCUCAAUCGGGCUGCUUAUCACGGGACAGUCAUCUGGUCGUUCCAACAAGGCCUUAUGGCGGGAGGUCUAGCACGACAACUCGGCUUUUGUUCAAUCGAUACUACGACAGCUGUAGAUGUAAACCCGCCACCCUCGGCAAUCCCUUCAUGGUGCUCCAACAGCACCUUCGUACAGUCCUUGCGAGACGCCGAAACGCGUCUUUGGACCUCAAUAAAUGGUGCGCGCGAACAGAUAUACGCCGAAGUAUGGUCAUACUCGUUCGACAACACUACAAGCUCUUUCAAGGUUGCAGACCUUGCGGAAUUGUCUCCUGAUGGAACGGAAUCGGACGCUAUUCAGUUAUGGUCAUAUGGGUUCUUAGCUCUCCUCGAUCCGACACGAAGUGGUCCUAUGAGUAAUCAAGGGGAUGGAGAAUGCUCUGACAAAAGCUACACAUAGAAAUGAAUUCACAAACGACGAUGCCAGUAAUGAAAAAUAAUCCACGAAUAGUCUUCAUCGUUUGUGUCGAAGAGUUAUGCAUAGCGGUAUUUCUCUGGCUGAGAACAAGAUGAGAAUGAGGAUGACCCAAUAGGGAUGGCGCGAGAAAAGCUUGAAAAGUAACGAGAUCGUCAUGGGAUGCCCCAAUAACUCUUCCGCUGUGGC